AUGGCCGUGACAAACAUUUUAAUCAUACUAAACUUGGGAUGCGAAAUGCUAUACGUGAUUGACCAACGGCUGAAAGCCCAAUCUAUACCGUUGGACAAAUCAGCUCAAGUGCUGCGAGAAAUCACUGAGGUGCUGCUAGAUCCAAAGUUUCUGCACUAUAUUGCGACAGCAUAUCAGCAAAGCAUGUUGACCGUACAACAGUGCCGCGUGCUGCUGACGGACAUAGCGUGCUGUUCGCUAAUGCGUCUGGAUAUCAGCUCGAUGGACAAGCUGUGGGAUUUAAUGGUGAUGAUUUUCAAAUGGCAAAUGUUCAUCACAAAUAAAAACGCCCAAAUGCUGCUGGAUCUAACGUUCCGCCAUUUGGAUGGAAUCGGGCGCUUGAUACCGGAAAUGCGAAAACAGAUCCUGAUCGACAACGUGAAGAAAUCGUUAAUUGAAUUGUGGGAUCCGUUGUGCGAAGACGAACAAACGAUCGUCCACCGUAAGGUGUACAAAUGGUUGAAACCGUACAACACCAAAAUAUCCAUCCUUAUUCGUAUGGGGUUACAGAAAACCACCGGGGAAUUUGAACCCGAACCAAAGAAAAAUAUAUUUUACAAUUACUACAUCAGCAACAUAGGGGAGAACAUAUACUCCAAAACGGCGAACUUGGCUGCUUUAAAGGCACAAACCGAAUCGACUGGAACGGCAAGCAGUUCGAGCGUAGAUAUGAUAACGGCAGGGCAUGAAAUCGAUACGCUCGUUCAGCAGCUCAACAUCCAACAUGAUCCUGCCGAUGAGACAACUGAGAGCUGUAAAAGCACACAACCCGUCCCCCAAUCAGGCUCCGUUCAUGGUGGCUUGAACGAUAUUGUAAUUGCGGAAGGUGCCAAUCACAAGAACAACUGCCAGCCCACGGCAUGCACGCACAGUAAGGAAAAUGUUUCUGAAAAGGAUAACACGCAGGAGGAAAGCGACACGUGCCACAUUGCGCCAGAAAGCAAUUUGGAAAAGCUGAUGAAAAAAAUUAAGCUGGACAAGGAAGAGUUUGAAGUGGCUGAUAACGAAACGUUCAAUGCGAACGAUGAGCUGCUGAAGAUGUUUGAUGAGAAGGUACAGUUUUGA